AUGCAUGAGAUUGACCUGCUUUUGCUGAAAAAGAAACUGUUGCUGUUGAAAAAGAGAAAGCUUCGCGCUGCAAGCAAUCCCAAGCGAUGGCCGGUUCGUCCUGUUUGGCUUCAACGGAAGAAGGAAAGCGAGUACUUCACAGCGAUGAGAAAACUGAGGGAGUCUGGUGACACGGAGUACUUCACAAAGUACUUCCGUAUGUUACCAGAUACCUUCGACCGGCUACACAGACUUGUAGAGUCCGCGUUGACGAAAGAGUAUCUGUGCCGAGAACCAAUCUCCUCGGGUGAGCGACUGGCGCUCACACUGAGGUACUUGUCGUCAGCGAUGGAUUUGAAGGACGUUGCAAUGGCUUAUCGCAUGGGCCUGGAAACGGCACGUGAAGCUAUCCUACUAACCUGUACAGCAUUGUGGGAAAUCCUCAAAGAGAGGUACAUGAAGCCACCUACAACUAUAGAAUGGCAAGAGAUUGCUGCCGGCUUCAUGGAAAGAUGGCAGUUUCCCAACUGCUUGGGAGCUGUAGAUGGCAAACACGUUAAAAUAACUGCACCAAAGAGAUCUGGGACCACUUACUUCAACUACAAGGUAUAA